CGGAGCGGGCGGAGGGAGCGGGGCCGGGAGGGGACCCGGAGCGGGAGCGGCCCCGGGAGCGGACGGUGCGCCCGGCGCUGCCCCGCACCGCGCUCGAGGGAGGGGCCGCUCCCAUGGAGGCAUUCCCCGGCGCCAAGCUGGAGCAGCACCGGCACCUCCCGCCCGUGGAGUGCCUGCCGGGCGCCCGCUACGGCGGCCGGAGCCACAGCGCCUGCGGGAACGUCUUCAACUCCUGGAACGACUACCUGGGGCUGGCCACGCUCAUCACCAAGGCCGUGCGCCCCGGCAAGGGCUUCGGCGCGGAGCCCCCCUCGGUGGUGGUGGCGGCCGCCGUGCCGCCGGCCGAGGAGGAGGAGGAAGAGGAGGAGGAGGAGGAAGAGGCGGCGGGGCCGUACUUCGAGGGCGCGCUGGACUUGCACGACCUGGACCUGUGCGGGCAUCACCAUCACCACCACCACGGCGAGGGGCUGCUGGAGGAGCGCUUCGCCGACUUCAGCCCGUUCCCCGGGCGCGGCGGCCCCGCCGCCGUGGUGUUCGACUGCUCGGGGGAGCACCCGGGCCGGGAGGGCUCUGCCUGGGGCGGCGUGGUGGUGGCGGGGCGGCUGCCGGCGCACCCGCGGGCCGCCUCCCGCCUGCUCAAGCCCGAGCUGCAGGUCUGCGUCUUCUGCCGGAACAACAAGGAGGCGGUGGCCCUCUACACCACACACAUCCUCAAGGGACCCGACGGCCGCGUCCUCUGCCCGGUGCUGCGGCGCUACACCUGCCCCCUCUGCGGCGCCAGCGGCGACAAUGCCCACACCAUCAAGUACUGCCCCCUCUCCAAAGUGCCGGCGGCCCGGCAGCUCCGGCACGCCCGGACGGCGCUGGGCAGGAAGGGCCGCUGACCCCCGGGACCGUCCCCCGGCCCGGUGACACUGCCCCGGCCGGUGCGCGCUGGCCCGCGCCGAGCCCGGCGGGGACCGCGCGGCGGAGAUGCGCUGUGUUUGUUUAUUGUAAGAAAGAAAAUAUAUCUAUAUGUGAUUUUUACGGAGACGGCGAGAUCUGACUUGCGGGGAGCGGGUUCGGAGGGUCGAAGCAGCCGCCGGGAGGGUCGCGGGGGUCUCAGGUCGCCCGAGGAGGGGCAGCGCCGCCUCCUGCCGCCCGGCCCGGAGCGCAUCCCAGACCGGGAUCCUGCGGGGCUGCAUCGCGGGGGGCGGGCCGGAGAGCUGUUCUUAAUUGCCACUUAAUAGCAGGGUGUUUAAUUAGGGUACGACACUACGCCUUUCGGGUCUUAAAGCAAACAUCCCAUCAGUUUCCUGUGCCGGUCUUAAAACCGGUGUGCAAAUCGCGAUCUAACCUGCCCUCAGUAGUUAACUCCUGCUUCCCGAAAUCGCAGCAUCCUACCUGGAGCGGUGCCCCGCGGUCACUCGUGAGCCGUUCCACUCGUGAGCAGGGAUGGCGCUGGCCUCGCAGGUCCCCGCAUCGGAUGCUCGGCUUUGGGGAAGGUCUGAGAGGAGAAAACACCGAAGUGCAUGUUUGAAAACGUGAUGACUCUGGGCCACGGUGCAAACGGAGUCCUUUCUGCUGACAGAAAGGCAGUUACAAUGGCACAGAACAAGAUUUGAUGCAGCUGUGUUUGUAGUGGUGAAGGGGGAGGUGAUGUGAAGCCUGGAGGAAAAAGACCUGGACAAAGCAGGAAGCCGUGACCAUAGGAUAAUGGAAGAAAGGGAGGUUGUGUAUUUUGAAGAGCUCAGAAAAUGUGGCUUUAACUCAUUGCAAGUAGAAGGGAUCUACCCAUGUGGUUAACAAAUAUCCUUAACACUAAAUAGACUGUACAAAGCAUAGGAAUUAUAUUGAAGAUCUGGACUACCCUGGGUGAUGGCAGAUCCUCGGUACUGAAUAUCACCCAGGGCUACGUUGUUUGUAAUCCUCAAAAGACCAGAAAUUGCUUAUUUUCUGACUCAGAGGAAGGAGAAGGAGCAGCAGCAGGCUUGUAGUUUGCUUAGGAUUCCUCCAGAGCCAAAAGGCAGGUGCAGGAGUUUUCAGAGCAGAGUGUUUGUUACACUGCAGAUGGCUUUGUGACACCUGGGAUGUGGAGGGGUGCUCUGUCCAGGGAGGAUGCCCUAAUGAAAGCAGGGAGGUGAAGACGGCCUUGUGGAGGAACUGCUGGGGCAUCACCAGGACCCUGAGAAAGGAGAUGGGUCCUGACAGGAAAAGGGAACCAGGAAAGUGAGGGGUGAUUCACACUUGUGCAGUUUCCUUUUGAAAAGCUACUCAGCAGGGUGGGAGAUGGGAUUGAGAGAAGAGGGGGAGAGCAGGACAGUCAAGAAUGGAGUCGAAACAUGUGUGGGAUGGGCUGGGGAUGAGGGUCCAGGGUUCAUUAUUCAUCGCAGCUGUUGGCUCACAGCCACAGCAAUUAGGAGGGAGAACCUGAUUUUGUGUGGAAGUGUUCCUUUAAAUCUCCAUCAGAUGACUCCAAAGAUGGUGUCAGCUCUAAUUACCAAAUGCAGUGGGGCUUGCAUUAAAUAACACUCAGUGGCUGCAGUUACCCUUGUGGCAGCCUCUCUCCUUGUGCUAUAUACCUUUAGUUAUUGUCUCCUGCUCCAUGGGAUGUGCACCACUGGCUCUUCUAAGCUGAUAGAAGUUAGAUGUGUUUGGUUUUGUGAUUCCUGGUCCACGUAGGUUUAAUCUGUGUCCACCACACAUUAGAAUCAAGCUCAAGUGUGAUGCUGUGGGAAGAGUUUCCUUCUGUAUUUUUGUUUCCUUGUGGGAAGUUUUGAAGAUCCGUAUAUACAUUUCAAUGCAGUUGACUGUUACUGGACACAAAAGCAAGAAAGAUCUAAGUAAAUCUGUCUCGGGUGUUUUCUGAGGGUUAACUGGCCGGGCUGGAUUGGAGUUGCUCCUUGCAGGGUUUGCCAUGUCCCUGCCCCACCUCUCUGCUCUUUGCAUUAAGCUGCUGUGCAGUACCAGCCCUGGAAAUCCAUCAGGAUACCAGCAGAUCCCCUGCCUCGGGUGGCACUGGCCUAGUGCAGCAUCUGUGUGAGAGGGAAAGGGUUGUAUUGACGGCCUGGGCUCUGUUCCUCUCUCGUCCCACACGUGCACAGCCUGGCUGUGGGAAGGCCAAGAGCUGCCUGUCAUCGCUGGCACGUGGCAUGAGGCGUCUGAUCAGAGUCUUAACAGGUAAAGUGGGAGAGUAACAGCUUCAAAAGACCAGCUGGGGAUGGGGAGAAAUAAAACAACAGACUGUUCCAGAGAUAUGAUGAGAUUCAGCAUCGGCAACAGACAGCCUGAGAGCAAGGCUCUUCAGUUACUUUACAUGAUCAUUCAACAGGACAUUUUCCCCUUCUAAGUUUUACAAGUAAGAGUCUAACAAAGACUAAACCUUUAAGGGUAUUUUGAUUGGUCUUUUUAAAGUAAGCUCCUGUGAUUUCUGGUGCACCAGCACACUCCUUGUGGCACUGAGUAAGCAGGAGCAUGCUUGUUCUUGGUCAGUCUGAAAAGCUUACUACAAUUCAUAGUGUUUGCAGAGCUACUUUGAUUCCUUAAAUACUGGGAACCACUUACAUUAGUAAUUUAAAUCCUAGGAACAGCAAAAAGCUGAAUCUGAAAGCAGGUCAGUUUAGAGCUGUUAUAUGCUCUGCAGAAGAGGUCUAUGAAAAGUGAGAUAUUAUUUCACUUUUCUACAGGCAUCUGCAAAUCAAAAUAUUAUGGCCACGUGUUUAAACCAAAUACUGUAUUUUCAGAGAAUUGCUUUAUUACAGGGAAAUAUUCCUAUGCAUGUUAGUGAUGGAAUCUUUUCCAUAGCAAUGUUCUGGCAAGAGAAGUGAACACAAUAUUGGAUAAUCAUCCUCAGCUGAUACUAGUCUUGGCAAAAAGCAAGCUGCUCCUAAUUAAAAACUACUUUCAGAUGUAUAGAUAACUUGAUCCAGCUGAAGUCAGGUAAGUCUGUGCCCAUGUUUAGUGGAAAUCCUGUUGGGACAGGUUGCUCUCAGGUAACUGCCACAGGAGUAAACCACAAUGGCUAUAAAAUGUCCUUCCCUCCUAGAGUGGCAGCUUCACCCACCCACCAGGUUAAUAUACACUGGAGGUAGUUUGCCAACAGUUGCAUGGGGAAGAAGAUGAUUAAUUUUGUUAUGCCAGUUGUCUGGGUAAAACACAAGUGCUACACUAAAUCCAGAAAGAGAUGUAGCAAAGCCAGUAGGUUGUCCUCCUGCCCAAGAGAGAAAGGGCUAAGAGCUUAAAUUGCAGCAAGGGAGGUUUUGAUUAGCAAAAACCCAGUGGAAUAGCUUGUAGAAUCUCCAUCCUACCAUAAUUAAAUGCCUUAAUAAUUCUGUUUAAGAGGAGGAUCAGAGAAAGUGUAGAGCAUUUCAGUUCCAGCUGGUCCUGCCAUGGCAAAAUAGGAAGAAUUGUGUGUUUUUGUUAAGCCACUUGUGUGCCUAGUUCUUGCAGUGCUGCAGUAAACCACACAGGAUGGGUACCAGUGCCUGAAUCACAGGGAAAUUUUGGAUCUUGCAUUUCACUGACCCAGCACCUUCCCUUUGUAGGCUCCCACCAUUCAGCAGUACCUUUUAGUUAAAGGAGGAAAAGCUGCUUACAUGUAGCAGUUCCUGUCAAUGAGUGCAGCCCAAGGGCAUUCAGACCACAAAGGUGUUUCAUUUACAACAAGGCAAACCUCCCAGUACUCUUGCUGUUUGAGGUGUCUCCUGGCUGCCCACCAGCCCACCCUGACAUCCUCCUGGUCCUGCCCGUGGCCACACUGAGGCCACCAAGGUCAUGACAUGUCCUGGGGCUGUGCUUGGUCAGGAGCUGCGCUCAUUGCCCUGCCCUGCCAGUCCUCAUAAAUACUGAUUUUGUAAAAAACUUCUAUUAGUUUUUAUAACAAAGGCACUCCAGAGAAAACUUAAUUAGAAUGCCUAUUAUGCCCUACUUCUGCUGGGGACCCUAAUGGGCUGGGUCAGUCUGUGGGCUGCUCUGGGAGCAGCAAACAAACAGCCCUGUUCAUACCUGACCCCUGCCUUGCUCUGCUCCUGGAGAUUCGUUUCAAUUGAGCAACACCUGGAUCCAUUUAAACAGCAGCAGCCUUAAGCUCUGCCUUCUAAAUACAACCUGUGACAGUUUGUAUUCUUCUAAGGUUCACUGAAAACUUUAGUUCUUCAACUGAAUGUGAUUCAAUCAAACAAAGCAAAGGUUGACAGAGAACUCAUUUGCCUUCCUCAGGUAAUCAGACUUUGUGCUCAUGUCUAAUGAUGGCAGUAGAUGGAGGUUUGAGCUGUUGCAUCUGGUCAGUAGUGGGUUUUGAUCACUGUAGUUAGUAUUGUGUCUAAAACCAUCAAGCAGUAAAAUAAACACACUGGCAUGUCUGCAAAGCUCACAUCUCCCAGAUCUUUUCUCAAGCUGCCCAGUCCUUGGGAAUUUUACAUGUGUUGGCAACAUUAUCACAGUCUCAAAUAAUGGAAGUUAAUAACACAGAUGGGAGAACAGAGCUUUAGCUGGUGCAGUGAUCACUGACAUCCACUCCUGUGUAAAACUGUCUUUGUAUGGGUACUAUUAAAACUAUGUAACUG